CUGACAUUUCAGAUGGCGGCACCUGCAUCAAUUUAUCUUGAUUGUAUAUUUUUUUAUCGUCCACCAAUUUAAUUUUGCUACAAUGAAAGAAAAUGUAAAAAUUUCAAAUUAGUUAAAUGAAAAAAAUGCGUAAAAAAUGUAAGAAUACAUGUGAGUGGAUGUGUUAAGUUUUCACUUUGUGGGUGUUUUAAAUAUGACAUCUACAUCAACACCAAAAUCUGGAAAACAUGUAUCAGAAAGCGACAGUCCCAUUGCUUCACCUUUGGCCGGGUCCGGUCCCGGCGGCCACAAGCCCUCUUUCAAAAGCACCAAACUCGCUCGCCGCGCUCGAUCUUUCAAAGACGACUUUUUGGGCAAAAUCUCCCAAAUGCGCAGCCCCACAGGCCCGGGCAUCCGCUCACACAGCCCUAAAGAGCGACCAUCCAAAUCGGAUAUGGUCAACCACGCGUAUUCAACAACCAAAGGGCCUUUGCAGGAACUGGAGAACCUCUGGAAACAGACCCAGGCCACGCUGAAACACUUCCGGGACGUCGUCUCGAAGCAAAAGCUCGAAAUGUUGCCGGGGAAUGGCACCAUAGUGCUCGACACCGUGUGGCAAAUAAAUCUCGUUGUAAGAUCGUCGAUCAAUUCGGAUUCGAGCAACGCGAUUUUUUCCGCAACCAGUCACAUGUAUCAGAGUGUUGCCAGAUUGAUCAAAUUAUGCGACGAUGCUUUGAUUGAUGACAAAAGCACCGAAUUAACGAAAGAAAAUGUUAACGAAAUAGUGGCACAAGUCGAGGUGGCGGUGCAGGAGCUCAUAAGGUUGGUUCAGGAGAAGAUUGCGCACCAACAAAUUUCUUAUAAGACAACACCAAGGAGUUCGUACGUUAACACCAGUUUAGAGAUGCCAGCACAACGAAAUUCUUUACCUGAUAUUCCUCUGACUCCAAGGGAGAGGCAGUUGUUGGAGCAGAAUUUGUGUGGGCCGCCGAUUGUGAGAAGUAGUCAUAGCACGGAGUCGAUCUUGAGGGAUUCCAGUCCACCUCCCAAGCCCCCGCUACCAGAUGGUGUUUUGUUUAAUAUAAGCCACUCGGAACCGACCAGUUGUAUAACACCACCUCCCUUACCUCCAAAGAAGAAACACUAUAAAUUACAUCGAUUGACAGAUGAAUGUUCAAGUAUGGAUAACUCCCCUAUUGCUUCUAGUCUAGAAAGAGUUUCAGUUAGGUCGAAAUCCCCUGAAGACUCAAUUUCCCUCUUAUCAGCAAGUGCGGGUAGUUUAGACUCGGUAUUAAAUCACUCGCGUGGCGAGGAAGACGACGAAAUUAAAGGAAUAAUGGAGCGGACAUGUGACAGUGAAGUCGAUAAUCACUCAUCUGAUAUUUUCGGCGCUAACGGGUCUCACAGUUCCUGGGAGGAAUCAUCAUUAAGCUCAAACAUAUCCAGUCAAAUCACCGACUACAAUCGACUAUCAAACACCGACUCAGGUUUUAUAUCGUCGCAGUCUUACCGAUCGAGUUACUCCAAACGAAGCUCUCAACAGAGUUCGGUUAGCUCACAGUGGACUCAACACACGUCGAAACAAAUGUUAGCUGAAUCGGUUAAAACCGAAAGUAGGAUGCACAGUUCACACAAAGAAGGCGAUUCGCUUUUGACUAUCAAGAAUUUCGAUCAAAAGACGAGCAGUAGCAGUAGUAGCAGUUCAUUGGUGUCGACGAUAGUCAGUGCUGGACAACAAAUGAGCAUCACCGAGAUUGAUAGCAACGCUGAUGAGAUACACCCGCCUGCUGUUCCACAGAAAACGAAGAGAAAAGAAAGGCAACCCUCACCUUAUGAUAAUGUACCUGAUAGUAAUUUAGGAGGGGAACUUUUAGUCACUUGCCCAAUGCACCAAUCCCAUCAAAGCCUUGCGAGUAGUACUAGUAUGUCAAGUACGAUAGGACAAGACAGCAAUAAGCCUCCACCUCUCCCACCCAAGAAAAAACACAUGUUCCAGUCUGUGGCUUACUCUGUAAUGGCAUACAUGGAAAUGUUCGGCAACUGCUCCCACGCCAAUGAACAGGAAUUCAUGCGGCAUUCGGUGCACAUGGUGCAGUCCCAUUGGGCCCAACCUCCAACCCCCGGUCUACCAACAACCCAGUCAUGUUCAUUCAGUCACACUUCACACAGUUCUAGUCGUUCAUCACAUACUCAAAUUCAAAUUCUAAACGUACCACCACAUUCCACAAUGGACCAAAGAGUAUCAUCAUCGCCUUUGCAUUCCCCAAACACCGUCAUAAUGGAAUCAAAUUCUCCUCCCCCAGCUCUCCCGCCUAAACAGAGGUCUCGAAACAGUUCGGUUAAACCGUCGCCGCCGCCUACACCCACAAAUAACGAAGUUAAACCGCAAUCGCCGGUUAAAACACUACCGGAUUUGCUAGAACAUACUGCGAAUUCUGUAUUGAAGACUGCUGAAGAUAAGAAUGAAAUUAGUGAAGUUAAUCGCUGUGAUAUAGACUUAAUGGAAGAAGUAAACGUUGAUGAUUGGUUAGUUAUGAAGAAACCGGAUGAAGAGGGACCUGAUAUCAGAGGGGGGCCCAUCGAUGGCCUCAUUAUUCAAGCAACAAAGGCCACCAAAAAUGGAGUUUUUACGUAUCAAGAAGCAUUUUUAACAACAUACCGCACUUUCAUCACCCCUUUCGACCUAAUUACUAAACUUAUAAGAAGAUACGAACACUUUUCUUUCAAACCCAACAAUAAGAAAUUACGAUCGGAGGCUUUCGCUUUAAUCGUUCGCGUAGUCAAUGAUUUGACUGUUUCUGAUUUGGACGACCAGCUCCAAUGCAAACUCAUGCAUUUCGUACAACAACUCAUCUCUUCUGGUGAAAUCACCUUGGCUAAAGCCCUCCGAGUGAAACACUUGGAACGAUAUGAAGCCAAACAAAUGAGUCUCAAAUACACCAAUGUCGUAACGAGUCUCUCACUCACCGCGAGAACUUCGACUUUGCUCGACUUUAAAUCGGAGCAAAUCGCCGAACAGAUGACUCUUCUUGAUGCUGAUUUGUUUAUGAAAAUCGAAAUACCGGAAGUGUUGAUUUGGGCACAGGAACAAAACGAGGAGAGGAGUCCAAAUCUGACAAGGUUCACUGAACAUUUUAAUAAAAUGUCGUAUUGGGCACGCACGAGGAUAUUAACAGCGGAGGGAAAAGAUGUCCGGGAAAAGUAUUUUUUGAAAUUUAUUAAAAUUAUGAAACAUUUGAGGAAAAUCAAUAAUUUUAAUUCGUAUUUGGCACUGCUGUCGGCGCUGGAUUCGGCUCCGAUUCGAAGGUUGGAGUGGCAGAAACAUGUGCAAGAAGGGUUGAAAGAGUAUUGUGCUUUGAUAGACAGCUCGUCGAGUUUUAGGGCUUAUAGAGUGGCUUUGGCUGAGACUCAGCCCCCUUGCAUCCCCUACAUAGGGUUGGUUCUGCAAGACUUAACUUUUGUUCACAUAGGAAAUAGUAACUUAUUACCUGAUGGUACAAUAAACUUUUCGAAGAGAUGGCAACAGUACAAUAUUGUUGAAAAUAUGAAAAAGUUUAAGAAAGGUAUCUAUACUUUCAAAAAACAAGACCGUAUUAUUCAGUUUUUCCAAAACUUUGAUGAUUUCAUUGGUGAAGAUGCAAUGUGGCAAUUAUCAGAGUCCAUAAAACCCCGUGGUGGCAAAAAAGCUACUUAGUAAGUAGUGGCCAUCUUAGUGUAAUAGCAAUACUUGUCGAUUUUAACGCAAUUUUGAGCUGUAUUUAAAUAAUAUUUAUUUAUAAUGUACAUGUAAAAAACAGUAUUUUAUGAAAUGAGCUAGGGAGAAUUUUCGUGAGACUUCUUCGUCCUUUACAACCAAGAGUUUUGUCGCGAUAAAACGUAAAAUGCGGUGCUUUUAAUCUCCAACUUAGGUCUUAAAAAAUUAUGUUUAUGAAACAAGGAAUUUUUAUGCAACGAAUUUUUUUUAGCUUUCGUCUAAACCAAUCAAUUUUUUGCGAAGUCUUUACUCUGUUAUUAUGAAUGCUUUAUGCAUAAGACUGAGCUAUACUAUUUUCUGAAUGUUCUAUUUUUUUUUGUUAUAAAUGGUAUUUGUAAAAGUAUUGAUUACUUUAACGGACUGAAAAUAAACACUAUGUAAGUUCAACGACAUAAAGACGAUGUUACAGCACUUCUUCCAUUUAUUGCAACCGCAAAUUGAGUGUUAGAUUAAUUAACUUAAUAGUUAUGUGUACGAGCAUUACUGUUAGAGAAAAAGUUAACUAUUAGAAGGCCUAACUAAAUAUAAGCUAAUUUAAAUUAAGGACAGCUAAGUAGACUGCUCUAAACCCAUUGAAUUAUCAAACCAAACAAAACUCGUGGUUUAUGUUGCAAUAUUUUUUAGACCAAUUAUACAUGUGUUUUAGAUUUGCAAAUGUCGGGAGUGUAUUUUUUCAAAAAUGUAUCACUUUUAGCUCAAUUGUAUUAUAGGUAGAUGUUUAUUCUGUUUAAACUUCUUUCAGCAGAAAUGUGUAAGACGAAAUUUUCUUGCAUAUUAACAUAUCAUGGAUGGCAAAAUAUGCAGUGAUAGGGGCGUACUAUUUUCGAUUGUGAUUCACUCUUAUGAAACGACGUCUUUUUGUUGCACAUUUCUGUACAACUGUGAUGUCAACUUUUUUAAGUGUUUUUAUUUAUAUUCUUUAUACGGUUCCGUUAUGGAUUUAGCCGUGCCUAAUAACACGUAGAUCACCGAUUGCGUGGAAAUAGGCACAGCUAACUGGCUUUAUUAGGAACGGCCAUAUAUGAGUGUUACUUUGUGUGCCAUUUUAUUCAUUCAUAUUCAUGAUAUUAAAUGAGUUGUACUUUUAUAGUGAUGGUAUGAUGUACAUAAAUUGUGUAAAUUUGUUUAUAGUUU